AUGGUUUCCCGCGCGUGCUCCACCGCGCCGCCGGGCCUGGCUCUCAUUCGUCGCUUCCGGCCAAAGGAUUUCUCUUUCGCGACGCACCAGAUCUUCGUCCUUGUUCUCACCUUUAUCGCAUACGCGUUAUAUCACGCCUCGCGAAAGCCUCCCAGCAUUGUCAAGGGCGUGCUCGACCCUCUCGAUACAGGCAACUCCGUUACAAGCAAUCCCUGGACUUUCUACCUCCAGCGGCUGGAAAGCCACCCAGAAAACUCUCUUCUGCGGGCAGAACAAAAAGCCGGAUGGGCUCCUUUCAACGGUAAAUCCGGGAAAUCUCUUCUCGGGGAACUCGAUAUCGCGUUUCUGGGAUGCUACGCGAUCGGCAUGUAUAUCGCUGGCCAUGUUGGCGACCGAAUCGACCUCCGCGUCUUCCUCUCCGUGGGGAUGUUCGGCAGCGGCUUAUUCGUAUCCCUCUUCGGCAUGGGGUAUUUCUGGAAUAUACACUCGUUAAACUACUUCGCAGCGGUGCAAAUGGCCGCAGGGUUCCUCCAGGCGACCGGCUGGCCGAGCGUCGUCGCGAUUAUGGCCAGCUGUAUCAUGGCGGGAGCGCUGGUCAUGUUUCUGUUUCUUGCGCCGGAACCGGAAACCAUAGGGCUGGAGUCGCCGCAUUCGUUGCUGCUGUCGGAGUCGUCUAGUGAGGCGGGCGGGAGCGUGCACGGGGAGGGGGACGAGGAGUCGGGGCUUGAAGCUGUCGAAUGCGCUGACAUGGCUGCUGACGUGGCGGCUGGUUUCGAUGCUGCCCUAUUAGCUCCGAAAGAGGCUGCUUAUGCUUCAGUAUCGGAGCAGCUUACGGUGCCGCUUUUACAGGGGAAGGAUGAUGCGGGGCCGGGAGCGGAGGGUCGGAUUGUGAUAACAGAGGAUGUGCUUAAAGCGGGAAUGGAAGGGAGCGGCGGGGAGCACGAGGCGAUCAGUUUCUGGGACGCAUGUCAAAUUCCUGGUGUUGCGGCGUACGCGUUAUGCCUGUUCUUCGCUAAGCUUGUGGCGUACACGUUCCUGUACUGGCUCCCGUUCUACAUCAAGCGCACAGAGAUAGCGGGCCAUCAUCUGACUGACGCGUUUGCUGGAGUAACGUCGACAGUCUUCGAUUUAGGGGGGGUGCUGGGGGGGAUAGUGGCAGGCCAUCUUUCCGACCAUACGGGCGCCCACGCCACCGUGUCCGCUUCCUUCAUGCUCCUAGCUGUCCCCGCUCUCCUCCUCUACUCCUUUCUGGGCGGAAUUUCCCUCUCUGUGCACAUAGGGCUGCUUUCACUGGUGGGAUUCUUUGUGAAUGGGCCCUACGCGCUUAUCACUUGUGCCGUGUCCGCUGAUCUGGGGCAGCACGCGUCGCUCCGAGGGAAUUCCAAGGGGUUGGCUACGGUUACUGCGAUCAUUGAUGGUACGGGCUCGCUAGGGGCUGCUCUGGGUCCGUUUCUAACGGGGAUAGUGGCAGAGAUUGGGGGAGGAGGCGGGGGGAAGGGAGCAGGAGACCUGGGGUGGAGGCUGGUGUUUGGAAUGCUUAUUUCGGCUGCACUGGCUGCAGUGUUGUGCAUACUGCGGUUAGUUAUUGGCGAGUUUAAAGCAGCAGCAGAAACCUCAGCAGCGUUAGACGCCUUCUUAGAGGCCGAGAGGCAGCAGCAGGAGCAGGGAAGAGAAGGAGAGCAAGGGAGGGGCAGUGGAGUGCCAGCGGGGGAGCAGCUGGGAGGAGAGAGGGGCGAACAAACGGGGGAGCAGAGGGGGACACAACGCAGUCUGCUGAGCUCAUAA